AUGUUGAACAAUCGAAAUCGAAAGAACGAUGAACUGCGAAUAUACAACGCGAUCAUUAAAGGAUAUGAGACAGACAUACACCCUUCAGAUCCAGUCUUUUCUACCAAAGUAGUUAAAGUGACGUUAGAUGUUCAACUGAUUCGCAUUUUGGAAAUCAAUGAAAGAGACCAGUUUGUCAAAUUGUAUGUUUGGGUGAAUCAGCAUUCACAUACACAUAACCGUUUAAGAUAUCCACAUACUUAUGUAUUUGUGUUUUCUCGUCUUUAUAGUAUAACAGUUGCAGCUACUAAAGCCCAAAACAUAAAAGGUUUGUUUAAAUAUGUCUCUCGCUUCAAGUACUGGACAAAUCCAUUACUGCGUUGGGAUCCAAAGGAGUACGGGAAUGUAACAACACUAUUUGUCAAUCCAGCCAAAGUAUGGGUUCCAGACAUUGUUCUUUAUAACAGCAUUGACGAAAAUGGUGAAUUCAGUGGUGGCCUUGAAACUUACAAACACAAAGUCCAAGUUAACUAUGAUGGCAAGAACUCUUGGCUCAAUCCUGCAAUAUUUCGUAGCAUCUGCCCCAUGGAUGUGCGUUUCUUUCCUUUUGAUGACCAAGUAUGUAAAUUGAAAUUUGGAUCGUGGGCUCACGACGCAUCGAUGAUUGACAUCGAAGACCCUCCCAAUUCCACCUCGGCAAAUGAUUACUACAUUAACCAUGGUGAAUGGGAGUUGUUAGGCUUGACAGCAAAGCGAAACGCAAAGAAGUACCAGUGCUGUGCCAACCCGUUCGUUGAUAUGACUCUAACUGUCAGCGUGAGAAGACAUGCAAUAAGCUAUGAGCUAACACUGAUUAUUCCAUGUGCGUUGUUGUCGUCGCUGGUGUAUCUUGGUUUUAUUCUGCCACCAGAAUCUGGAGAAAGAAUCGGCCUCAGCAUAACAGUGCUGCUUGCAGUGACGGUUUUCCAAGAAAUGACAAGUCAGCUAAUGCCAAGAUUUGAUUUCCCAUUUCUGGCCCAAUAUUAUUUGGCGACGAUAUUCCAAACAGCAUUCUCUCUCGUUGUGACAACCGUUAUAUUGAACUUCUAUCAUAGAAGCAACAGGGAAAUGCCUUGGCUGGUCAGAUUGAUUCUCUUGAAAUGGAUGUAUCCAGUUUUGUUCUGUGCAAGCAAAAGAUUUGAAAAAGAAGCAGAUCCAGUUGAUGCUCAUGACGAUCAAACUGAACGAGCAAUCGUACCGUUAUCAGACAAGAAUGACCCCUUCCAAGCACCAAAUCAAGACCAAAAUGACAAUUUAAAGACACCGCAUCAGCCGGACAUUUUAACAACCGAUGUCAUAAUUCCAAGAGAAAAAAGCAUCGAAAGCAAGCUGUCAGCUAUAAAUGACGAUAUACUUAUCACCGUAACAGAUUGCGAACAACAAAACUUGCUAGGAAAGGAGGAAGAGGUUAUUCAGGCCAACUUCAGUAAGAAACAAACAACGACAAAUGAUGAGCGGUCUUUCAGAGGUGCAAACAUGAAGAGAAUAUCAGCUAAGUUUAGCAAUGCUUCCGAAGACGAACUUAACAGUCUCAUACAUGAAAGCACGUCCUGCCUUGAAAUCAAUACAGAACCUACGAAGGCCAAGAAAAAAAUGUCUACAGCAAGCAGGAUCUCCCAAACAAACCCCAGUAUUCGCAAGCGAUUAUCUAGAAGUGGCGAAACUCAUUUCGCAAUCGGAAAGGCUAUAAACAGCUCUGCUUUCAUGCUUCUCGGCGACAGUCUACGCGCUCAAGGCACCGCAAUCUACAAAAAGCAGGAAAAGAAAAAGAGGGAAGAGAUUCUUGCAGAACGUAAAAGAGACUGGGUAAAGGCUGCCAGAGUUUUGGAUCGUUUCUUCUUGAUUUUGUUCAUAAUCACUUCAACUUGCUUGCUGGUUCUUAUAUUUUGCAGAGCACCUCGUUUCAGUAGGUAGAAAUGAGGUUAAGCAUGCACUCGUAUUGACAUCGAAUGGUGCUAAAAAAAUAUAAAGUGCGGUUCAUUGUUAAAAAUAUUUGAAGCAUAUAGAUUUUUAUGGGCUCUUUAAUAGCAUUGAUUCGAGGUGAUUCAAGGUGAUUCAAGGUGAUUCGAGGUGAUUCGUGAUGAAUCGCGGUGAUACUUUGCAAAAAGUAGGAUACGACGAGAGUUUAAAAAGAAGACAAAAGAUGCCGGUGAAGUUAUCAUAGAAACUUUGCUGCGCGUUUAAAUAUUCAUGAAGGGAAUUUCGCAACUUUUCUGAAACGACAUAUGUCAUGCCUGCUGCCAACUCACGACGUUUAUUGCAAAUAUGGCUACAUUUGGCGUGAGACAUCGAAAAAUCACGAGCAAACAACCAGAAUCUGUGAUAAAUUGUCAUGCUGUAUGUUUAAAAUAGCGAAUUCCUUGCAAAGAAAACUCUUACGAGAUCCUCUUGUCGAUCUAAAUAAAGAUAUGAUUUGCGUUGUUAAAGGUGGGAAACUGGUAUGAAGUAGGUUUAGAAGAGAUUGACUUGGACAAGCAUAGCACGUGGACUAUUGCUUCUAUUAAUAGAAAAAGGCUAUAUGGGUCUCCAUGAAGCUUCAAAACUAAAACGAAAUGACACCAGAGCGUUGA